CACGCGGGCCGCGGGGACGAACCCACGGCGCUGCCGCCGUGCCAGGCGCUGCCCUCGUGGGCCUGGACGCGCGGGGAGCUGCGUGUGCGCAAGAGCGCCCGUGUGGACGCCCCGCCUGCCUGUGCACACCCGUGCACGCGCGCAUGUGCCUCCUGGAGCUGUGCACACUGACAGUGUGCCCCGCGUGCACGCGUCCAUCCUUGUGAGCCCGUGCGUGCGCUGUGAACACUUGCACACGUGCGUCGUGCCGGGACUCGACACCUGCGUCUGCACGGCGCGCGCUCGCGCACACACACACGGUGGGAAAGCCCGGUGUGCGCGCGUCUGUGCGCGCGCCGGCUGCCCCGGGGCCUCGGGAAGCUGUCCCCUCCCCAGGGGGCCGCGCGGGGACGCAGUGGGAGGGGAGGCGCCUCCCGCGCAGGCGCAGUGCUGUUCUCCCCCGGGAACCCAGGCCCUUGGGGGCGGGCGGUGGGGCUCCAUCUUCACCUCUCCGCACUGCGGGCCCCCAUUGUGCCCAGAAGCCCCAGAACGAACAGGCUCCUGACUGCCUUCAACCAGGCGUGCAGAGCCACCUGCAGCUGCCUCCGGCCUCCUCUGCCGCCACCCUCCUGCACCCCGCAGCGCGGCUCCCCUUGGUGCGCUCACCCAGGGUCAAGCGAGGGCCAGUGGCCUUGUCGCCGCACCCCUGGGCCCCCGCGCGGCCUCCUGUCCCCUCGUGUCCUCCCCUCAGCCGCCUCCCCGCUCCUGCCCGCCCCUGCGGAGCCUCCAAGCCCUCGGAGCGAGCGGCCAGGAGGCCCCGCCUGGUCAGGCCGCGGCCGGUGCCGGCUGCCCCUGCCUCCCGGCUCCUAACCCCAGGGCGCCCUUCUGCGCUGGGCUUUACCUGGGCGGUCGCCUUCUCUGCAGCCCGCGGCUCCGCCAGCUAAUGCCUGCCCGCUGCCCUCAGGUCGGUUUGGGUUGUUUCUGGUUUUGGUUUUCAUUUUUUUGACACAGGCUCUUGAUAGGUAGUUCAGGCUCGCCUUGAACUUGCAAGCUGUCCUCCUGCCUCAGCCUCCAGAGCUCUGCCUGCUGCCUUUGGACGCAUUUUGGAGAAAGAGCUUUAGAGAGGCCAUCCCUGAGCGCGCGCACCCCAAGGCAGGUGUCCCAGGAAGACUGCCGCGCUGCUGCGGGGUGGCGCCAAGUUUCCUGUCAGUGGCCCGUGGUAAAGGCGUUUCUGCCCUGGGGCUCCUCGUACCUGUGCCCAGCAGGGAGUGCCAUUCAUUCUGUCACGCUGUGGACAUAUUCAUUCAACAAACAUUGCUGAGCACCUGCUGUGUGCCAGGUGUUGGACGUUAGCUACAUGAACAAAGCGAAAGGAAACCGGGAAGCAGUUUUGGUGUUCUGUUUCCUUCACUGCAGAAUAUCCAGACUGGUGUCGUUUCAACCCGUGGUUGAUAUUAAAAAGCGUUCUUUCUUCAUAUGGUCAAA